CGAUUAAAAAAAAAAAAUUUUUAGAGAAUAUGACCGGGGGUUAUUAUGGUGUUUGUGCUAAUGAGUUUCAUCACAUCAAAUCAUUAAAGGAAUGUCCGAGUUAUCUCCGUGAGGUUGAAACCAGUCUAAUCAGAAGAGAAGAAAUUAGGAAGCUUAAGGCAAGGUUGGGAGCAUCAAGGCAGUUGCUGCGAAGGAACGCAGAUUCCAAGCCUUGGUUGUUCUUUAUCAGUGAUUUCUACACCCGAGGUACGAAACAGUCCCACUUCGAACAGGACGAAGAAGAGUGUAAAGUGCAACCUUACCGAGGAGCAUAUGCCAGGGCCUUUAAUCCCAAGUCAAGUCGUCACUCUCAGUGUUCUCAAAGCUCUGAUUAUGAAGAGAUGAGUAUUCACUCUCAAGGAUCUAUAUAUUCUGAUUAUGGAUCACGAGGAUCUUCAGAGAUCUCUGAUUGUUACUCUUCUCCAUCUCAGUACAGUGGAAACAUGGGAUCCUACAGCCUGGAGACCGGAUAUAAUCAGACGGGGCAUUUGUACAAAACAAAGACGACAGAUCCUUACCACGUAUGCACACUGAACAUGGCGGGAGUUUGCUACUUGUGUGGCCGCGGCAAAGAAGUUUCUGAUUAUUAGUUUUACAGUAAAACCCUUCAAAAUCAUGUUUUGAUUUAAGUUUUAUAGAAAGAUAAAAAAAUUUCAGUAUUUAG